CAAACCGGCCUUAGAUUCCUUAAAUCAAUCUUUAAAGCAAAGUGACCACCGUACAAUUAGAAAUUCUAUUUUACUCUAAAAUUCAAACCCACAUAGUCUAAUCUAGGGGUUAUUUUCGAACUAAUGUUGUGCCAACGUACUUGAAUAUUUCUAAAGCUCGCCGAAUAAGCAUUUUCGUUCCCGAGCUCGGAUCUCACCCAUCUGUUUCAAGGAUUCAAGGCCUUAUCCAAAAGUAGAGUCAUUUGCGGUCUUUCCAAACAAGACCUUAAAUAAAGUUUGGUGGCGACUCCUUCGAGGUGCAAAAAUUCAAACGGUUCUCUAAACGAGCCGGCCGGCCUCCUAAAACCCUCCUUGUAUGAAACGGGAAACAAAAAACCCCCCUAAAGUCGGCAUAUCUACGGAGCAGAGGGUUCGGCUUUUCCUCUUGGCUCUGGUGAGCAGAGUGAUGGCCCCAAGCAGGAACAGCCGGGUGCACAUCGGCUUCUUGACAGCUUUGCAGGAUUUGAGGGCUGUUUCGAGCCUCAACUGGGGUGGUAUGGCAUACGGCCAACUCUUGUAUGAGAUAAAGUGGGCCUCUCCGACUGCGCCCGAGGGUGAACCGAGCAUUGCUGCUUUGUGGAGUGUGCUGGAGAUUUGGAUGUACAAGCACUACCCGACUUUGGCGUCGGAUCGUACUAGAGAUGCGGCUUACCCGUAUGCUGCCUCUUGGAUAAGAGCGGUGUGCAGGAGGGUGCCUCUGUCGGCCUCCCGCAUAGCUUGGCGGGUCUUACCCGUCAGUGAGGUGAUUUGGCGUCCUUUUGCUGACGCGCCUAUACAUGUUUCGGCCGCUCGGGCCCAUUUCUUGUCUUUGCGGCGGGUCUGGCUCCCGGGCGUGUAUCACCAUAUGUGGUACUUGGGGAAGCGCGUGUCCCUUCAGCACAGUACGGGGGACAGGCUUGUCCCUAAGGACCCACCGCGGUCCAUGUCGGUUCCAGGCGAUGAACUCGCCCAGCUCUAUUUGACUGCUAGGGGUGAUGCUGUUUGUCUCCCUUGGGAGAACUUUGUAGAUAGGAGGGGCCGUUUUGAGGACCUUCUGGGGAGGCUUGCUCCCCCUGUACGCUUCGUACUGCCGAAGCGUCGUCGAGGUCGCAGAGGUUCCGUCGACAGGGAGCCCCAAGCGGAGACUUCGUUGAGGCAGGAAGGACCAAGCUUGGAUCUGAGACAGGGGUCCCGUGCUGGUACUUUUCAGAGGCAUUCUGAUGCUGAUAGGGGAGCUGCCCCCUUUGUAAAUGCUGAUCCCACCAGGCAUUCUUUUGGGGGUGCGAGCAGUUCGAGGCCUUUUGUUCCUCCUCCUGGUUACAACUUCGGAGGGAGCGGUCCUCAGCCUUAG